AUGCCAGUUAAGAACAGAAAGCAGAGCAGCUCCCACAGCGAAAUCGACAAAGAGUCUAACGUGUGUACGACGUACAACCCGCUGUUCCUGGAAGGCACGUGUUCCUCCCACUACUCAGACACCGCGGCUCUGCUUAUAGACGAGGUGUUCUUAUCCCUGGCUGAGGCGGACUGCGAGCUGGCCAACCCCUGCAACUACCCUCCUCAGUACAACCCUAGGGACUGGGAGGAGUUCGACUUCAUCAUCGUAGGUGCAGGAUCUGCCGGCUCCGUGGUAGCCAAUAGACUGACAGAGAUCGCCGGGUGGACGGUCCUCCUGAUUGAAGCUGGAGGAGAUCCUCCCAAGACAUCUGAAGUGCCCAAUUUACGCGGAGCAUUACACAAUACGGAAUAUCAAUGGCAUUAUCGAUCUAACUCUGAAGAACCAACCUGUUUAGGAUUUACUGGUAGUCAAUGCAGCUGUGAAAUGGGUAAAAUGCUGGGUGGAUCCAGUUCACACAACGGACUGAUAUAUAUAAGGGGAAACCGUAAGGACUAUGAUGGUUGGGAGGCUCAAGGAAAUGUUGGUUGGAGUUAUAAAGACGUGUUGCCCUAUUUUAAAAAGUCUGAGGAUAUGAGAGCUCCAGGAGUAAAGUGCACCCCUGAUUUCUUUGACUACCAUUCAGUUGGUGGCCCUUUAAAGGUUGACGACCUUAACAUUGACAAUACAGAACCAAUACCAGCACUUUUGGUAGGAGGUUUAUCUGAACUUGGAUACUUCAUAAACCCUGAUCAUAACGGUAGAUAUCAGUCAGGGUUCUGUAGAGUAUCAGGUACUGUGGAGGAGGAACCGUUCAAAGCAGUAAAUGCCAGGUUUCAUGAAGUAUAUGUUCGAAGUUGUUCAAAAUUCCCUUAUGAUUCACGUCCAUACAGGGAAUGUUUUCUUAGACACAUGUCAAGUUCCUCUUAUCAUUUUGUGGGCACGUGCCGCAUGGGACCCCCGGGACACCCCGAGGCCGUGGUAGACCCUCAACUCCGGGUACAGGGUGUGAGUAGACUGAGAGUCAUCGACGCCUCUGUGAUGCCGAAGAUUACACGAGGCAACACUAACGCCCCAACCAUCAUGAUAGCAGAGAAAGGUUCGGACCUCAUCAAACACACGUGGCUCAGCACUCCUUACAGUGGUGCGGAGGGAUUCAGCAGAGUUCUGCCUAUACCACAUAGAGGCUGGUAA